AUGGAACGGUUGUACAAUAAUCACUCCAGUGGUCCAAGGGCAGAUAACUACCGAUGCAUCCCAAAGUGGAUGGGGGGCAACUUACCUCAACAAGGACGCUCAAGGAUUUUGGAACACAGAAAUAAGCAAUCUUUCAUCAAACCACAGGGAAAUGUGGGCGGUGUUAAUGGCAAUAGUGUCAUUUCGUACAGACAUAACGGGAAAGACAAUUCAAGUAUUAUCAGACAAUAUCUCAACCGUGGCAUAUUUGAAUCAUAUGUGGGGCCCAAGCAAAGACUUGACAAAAUUAGCGGAAGCUAUAUGGGCCGAGGCAAUAGAUCAUCAUGUGAUGUUAGUGUGCCGACAUAUUCCGGGAAUCGACAAUACAACUGCCGAUCAAUUGAGUCGCAUGCAAAGCCAUUUCGAGUGGAAACUACACCCCGCAAUAUUCAAUACCAUAGACAAUAUAUGGGGCCCACAUACAGUGGACCGCUUACCUUCGCUACAGACUGCACAUUUAGCAAGAUUCAACAGCAGAUUUUAUCACCCCCUCUCAGAAGGAGUGGACGCGCUUGCCCAGCAAAACUGGGCUGUAGAAAACAAUUUUGUGAAUCCGCCAUUCCGCCUAAUAACACAAAUUUUGGACAUUCUUCAAUCUCAAAAGGCACAGGCUACAGUGAUAGCACCUUACUGGCCAGCUCAACCGUGGUUUCAGAGACUUCGUGUGGCAUCAAUAUGUCAACCAUUCAAAAUUCCAAACACCGCAAUAAUCAGUCUCGGAAAGAAGGCGGAACCACUACGAAAUCAAAAAUGGAGAACAUAUGCAUGGAGAGUGUAGAGUUCAGCCAUUUAGAUUCUGCUGGACUUGUUGAUUUUUUGUAUGAACUAGCAGAUUCUAGCGAUCGACCAAAAUCCAAGUUAAAUUCUGCAUUGGCAGCUAUAAAUCUAGCUUUUGAUGCAUUAGAACUACCUAGUCUGGCAAGGAACCCAUUUGUUGAACGCUUUGUGGACGCCUUGGUGAAAUCAGGUACUCGACUACCUAUGACCAAAUCAACCGUUUUUCCUAUUCCUAAGUUAAUGGACGUAUUUUUACGUUGGCCAGACAAUGACACCCUAACGAUAAAACAACUGCGAAUGAAGGCAAUAUGUCCACUUAGCAUUACCGCUAUGCUUAGACCGUCCGAUAUUGCACCUAAAUCUGAAACAUUUAAUCGUGAUAUAGGUGCUAUUGAAAAGGUUGUGUUUUCGACAAAACAAUUACAAUUCCUUGAAAAUGGAUCUGUAAAAAUAAAAUUCUUUGGAAUAAAGAAUGACUCGUCACGCGAUGGAUUUGAAGUUACUAUCCCUAACAAGACUACUUCCAGAAAGCUUGAUCCUGUCCAAACACUACGUGACUACAUAGACAAAACUGAACAGGUACGAGACAAAGGAUCAUCACCUGUAUUCCUCAGUCUUAAAUACCCACAUGGUCCUAUUGACGCGUCAACCGUUGCAAAUAUUCUCCAGGAUGUGAUCAACUUGGCAGGUCUAUCUGGCCAAGGUUAUUCUGCAAAGUCAUUUCGCCCUACAGGAGCUACUUGUGCUAUAGAAUCAAAAUUUGAUCCGUCUGUUGUGCCUUUUGUGUCAGCCAUUCUGAUGGAGAGAAAUCAGAACAUCAAAAAGGUGAUAGACACGAAGGCGGGGCCCCGUUUAUUGAUAAUAACGGGAGAGUUCCGAUAUGUGGAAGAAGAGGCGACAUCAGUUGUCCCUAGCAACUAUACCUGUAUCCAGACAAACCCAGCUUGUACUGGCGUUGUAUGUACCGGAGUCUGCUGUCCAGACAGUGUCGUGACCACAACCGGCCUUCUCACUGCCGCUCAACAACUGGUUGGGUUUGCUCCUGGGAGUCCUACAACCAAGCGCCUUGCUGCCCAAUUUGAUGUAACUCGAAGAGCGGUUCUGUCAUUAGUCGGGAAUGACAGCAGGAUAUCCAUAACUGGCCUAAGGGAUGACCCAGAGUUUGCGCAGGCCUUUAACGCCAGGAUCGGGAAAUGUCCCUUCAAACCCGUAACUCCCUGUAACCAUUAUGACCAUUAUCGUACUGCCGACGGAAGCUGUAACAAUCUCCAGAACAGGGAGUGGGGAAAGUCCAAUACUAACCAGCUGCGAUUCCUAAAACCUGUGUAUCAAAACGGUUUUGAUGAGCCACGAAAACUUGGGGUUGGAGAUGUUCCCCUUCCGAGUGCACGAAAAAUUAGUAACGAUGUAUUCCGUGACAACGUCGGUCCACAGCUCUCCCCAGAAAACACAGUAAUGGUGAUGGCCUGGGGUCAAUUUGUUGACCACGACUUCAUCCGGACUCCAAUGUCCACUGAUGAUAAUGGUGAGCCGCUGGAAUGCUGCGCCCCUGGAGCUGACACAAUACUUGAAUGUUUCCCGAUAACCAUACCCCCGGGUGACCCUCACUUUACUAGUAACUGUAUGAGUGUCUCGAGGUCAUCGCCAGGAUCACCGACAGACUGCUCUCUAGGUUACAGGGAGCAAGUGAAUGUAUUGACAUCUUACAUUGACGCUUCGAAUGUGUAUGGGUCUACACAAGAAGAACAGAACGAACUGAGGACAUUCUCUCACGGUAAACUGAAAAAGAAUGGGAGAUUACUACCAAAUGGAGAUUUUUCGUGUCAGAAGCCAGUUCUUACUUCUUACUGUUUCUUCGCAGGGGACAGGAGAGUUAAUAUAGUCCCGAGCCUUGCAUCCACUCAUAACGUCUUUAUGUUGGAGCACAACAAGAUUGCUAAACAACUACGGAACAAAAAUGGACACUGGGGUGAUGAAAAACUCUUCCAGGAAACAAGGAAAAUUGUUGGAGCAUUGAUGCAGCAGAUCACUUAUGGGGAAUAUCUUCCUGUAAUUUUGAAUGACGAAAUGAGAACGACUUACAAACUUAAUUUAAACUCUGGACACAAUGACGAAUAUGACGUCACAGUUAACGCUGCCACAAGUAACGCUUUUGGUGCUGCGACUUUCCGAAUGGGACAUACACAGAUACCCCGUACUCAAGGUAUAAUGAAUGCAGGGGGUGUAACACAACACACACCAUUAGAGGAAACAUUCUUCACCCCCACUAUGGUACAGCACCCUAAUGGCCAGAAUCAACCAGGCAUGUUCCGUUGGUUGACGAGAGAGCCAGCAGCCAAAACUGACAGAAUUUUCGAGAAGGCGAUCCGUGAUCAGCUGUUUGUGAGCUUUGAAGCACAGAGUUUCGACCUGACAGCAUUGAAUAUACAGCGGGGUCGUGACCACGGGCUACCUAGUUACAAUGAGUGGAGGGAUUGGUGUCACCUACAGCGGGCGACUCAUUUUGGUACAGACACCGGGGGACUUAUCCAUCACUCAACAGACAACGCCAACAGGCUCAGUGCAGCAUACAACCAUGUGAACGACAUCGAGCUGUUCGCUGGUGGAGUAACAGAGGAACAUGUGCCAGGGGGCAACAUAGGUCCAACGUUUGCCUGCAUGAUUGCACGUCAAUUCAAAUACUGGAAAAUAGGAGAUAGGUUUUGGCACGAAAGGCCAGGCAAAACAGGGUUCACCUCAGCUCAACUCAAGCAAAUUAAGAAAAUGACACUAGCCAAGAUAAUCUGCCGGAACAUGAAGUUGAAAUGGAUACAAAAAAAUGUCUUCCGUAAAGUGGACGAAGUAAGCAACCCUCUAGUGAAAUGCAAGUCCUUGAAGAAGAUGAAUCUUAAUAAGUGGAAGGAACAUUGAUACGUAACCAGCUGCCAUCCUGUUAAUGUCUUGAUUACGAUGUACAUUAUCAUAUAUAUUUACGUUCUAUUAAUAAAGUGUAAAGACAUUUCA